AUGUCAGACACUUUCUUAGAGUCGAUCGGGAAGGAGGACACCAUAUACCGUGAUGAGGCUGGAUUCGAUGACAACUUCAAGCUCGACAUCGAUUUUGCGAAGAUGGAGUUUGUGGAAACCCUCAAGGUCUCAGAAGCAUCCUCCAUAUUUCAUGUCAACUACUGUGGCGAGCCACGGGUCUUGAAAGUGUUCCACAAUAAUGGGGAUCCUGGGUACGCCUGCAAUCACAUUCAAGACUUGAGCCGCUCUCGCUGCGAGAUCAGAGCGUAUUGCAGGCUUAAACAGUCCAAAAUAUGUGAUUCUGGCACUGUGCCCAAUUUCUAUGGUUUUAUGCUAGCCAUCGACCCAGCCAACUGUGCUCCUUAUCUUGAUGCCUUUCGACAUGACACAGAUUUUCCAUCUGCCAUUUUGAUUGAGUACCUGCCAAAGCCUUUGGAAAUGAACUGUGUUACUUAUACAGCAGAACGUAUGCAGAAAGCUGUCAUUGGCAUUCAGAAAAUUCAUUCGGCUUUAGUUGAGCAUAAUGAUCCUUACCCAAAGAAUAUCCUCAUUGUUCCUAGUGAUCAAGGUGAUCAAGAGAGGGUUAUAUGGGUUGAUUUUGAUAUUGCGAUUGUUUAUCCCAAUGACACGUACAUUGAAACGAGGCGAAGUGGCCGGAUUGAGUUUGAAACUGAAGUUGUUGAAAGCUUCGGACGGCUACUUGAAAAAGAUCAAAAACAGGGUCUGCCUCCAAACACGAAAUACUACUAG